AUGAAAUUAUUAUUAUCUCUUGUCAUUUUAUUCUUGGUUGGUUUAAUUAACUGCCAACCAGAAACCUUUCAAUUCUUUAGUCAAAUAAAAGAAGAAACAUACUAUGGUGUCUAUUCAUUAUCAAAUGGUAAUAUUACACUGUCUACGACCAAUGCCGCACCUGAUCUUCAAGUGCUUGGCUUUUUACCAAAGAAUGGAUCAAGUAAUGAUAUCAUGACUGUUUGUCAGAAUCCAAGUAAUCUCCAAAUCAAUACCUAUAGUACAUCGGAUAAUUCAUUCACUACCGAACUUACAUUCUCACCAAACUAUAAAUACAAUUUUGUGAAACAAGAAUAUGUAUUCGACUCUGCAUACAGAAUUCUAUAUAUUCCAGGCUCCGUUCCUUUAAAUGGAGAAAACUAUUUGGCAUUAUUACAAUGGCGUUUUGGUCCUAGUGUUAGACCAUUAGUAUUUGCAAAAGAAAAUAUUCUAAAAUCCACAUAUCUCUAUCUCUAUCUCUAUCUAUUUAGACCACCAAUUAUUUUAGGACAAGGAUAUAUACCAAAUAGUAAUGUUCCAAUUAAUCCAGUUGGUGCUUAUGAUGCACCCAACCAAGAUUAUUACAUUUACUAUACCAUUGGAACCAGUGCCGCCAUCUUAAAGUUCAAUUUUGUUCUCGAUAACUAUGCCAUCCUGCCACUAGACAUAGAACCAACACCUUUAAAUGGAGUCGAACAAAUCUUUUUCUACCAAGGUCAACUCAUAUACUGUCGUAUUGACAAGGGUGUUGGUGUGACAAUUGCUCAAAUCGAAUUGAGUGGACCUGUCACCAAUGUCUACAAAGACACCGACACUGACAAACAAUUCAACAUUGACAUUCAACCAUUUGUAUUUGAUCAAACUACUGGAACCAUCACAAUCCUCAAUUCUGCUGAUGACACUCUCUAUUUAGAUGUAUUUUAUAUUACCACACUCAAAGUUACAUCAUUCACAAAUCCAAAUUCAAUUCCAUCUGGAACUUUUGUUAUUACUGCAUUAUACAAUUAA